UCAAUUUCUGUCGUUUAGUGGUUUUCCUUACAACUCCUUCGCAAAGAACUUCCCCACCCACCUCUUCCUCUCGCCGGCACGAUCUCCCCCAAUUCCAACGAACGCCCAUAACGGCAGAACGCCCACAGAUGCAGACGUAACCCAACUGAAAGAGCUUCCUCUUUCCCGUGUCUGCUACAUCAAUUGCAGGUGCCCAUACUUUCUGUGACCUUCAUCCCUUCGCGGCCUCACCUCCAAAAUCCACUAUCACAAUCAACCGCUUUAGUCUUCUCCUUCCUUCCACUCCUUCCUCUCACAACUGCUCCUACACGCCAUCGCCCAUGAUUUAUACAGUACUCACUUUACUUCCAUGGAUUAAGAGAAGACUCAUGCUGCUUUCCCUGCCAAAUAGCUUUUCUUCCACCUAUUCGUCCAAAGGGGGAAAGGCGGGUUUCAUGAGACGACUGUAGAAGCAGCCGCUAUCUACCUUCAACAGGUCGACCUGCAGAUGGAUCUGGAAGCAACGUUGUCGAACCUGGUCCCCCGCAAAUCUCAGAGAGAUUUGAUCCCGUCUCCGAUUCGUUUCUCCAGCAGCGCUCCACUAUCUCGGUUCGGGGCUCCGGAUGCUGCUCUACUUCACUGCGCCGCCUCCUAUCUCCCUCCCAGUUCCCGUCUUCCUCAAAAGGAGCGUCGUCGUCGGUGUAGAUGGCCAAGCAUGAUCGACCCCAGUCUCCCAAACGCAAAUUUCCCUGCAGAUGACUCCGGCAGAGCUGGCGAUGACGACGAGAAAACGACCACGAUGACAGAGAUGACGAUGAUGCAGAAGAUGAUGCCGGAGACGAUACCAGUUCAUUUUACGACCUUCAGUGCGGACAGACAGAGAUACACAGAAAGAGAGACGACAAGCUGGUGAAAGCCAGCAACAGCAAGAUUUUACUUUUGAUGGCGGCAGCAGCAGCCUGGGUUCUACAACUUAACAUCAUUACAUCAACUCUUAAUCCUCAUUUUGUAAGUGAAGGUCGAACCUUUUUCCUUUCUUCCCUUCUACCCUCUCUUUAAUUUCAAUUUUGGUUUUUUCUCUUCUUAUUUUAGUGUAACGAAACAGGGGCCUGAAGAAGAUGUUGACCUGAACAACUGCCCUACAUUAUGAAGACCAGAAACUGUCAAUCCCAAUGCCAUAGAAGUAUGCAUCUAUCAGGAGGUUACACUUACAACCUAUUAUAAUUUCCUGUUUCUUUUAGUUCUUGAUCCAUUCUUAAUGGCAGUUCUGAAGAUUCAAUUAAUCUUUUUUUAAAGUUCCCAGUAUGCUCCUACUGGCUUUGGUAGUGACCAACUAGCUCAUUUUCUUCAGCAUGUUAACAUAUAUUGUGUUCUGCUGGGUUCGGGCAAGAGCAAUUUAAUUCCUGUUUUACUUUCCAAUCUCCCUAUGUUUGUGUAUAAUUAUCUUCGUCUUUAUAAAAUGUAUCUCUUACUUAGACCUGGUACCAUGUAAAAAUUUAUGUGGAUAUCCACGUCACACGCUUCUUAGAACUGAUGGUGAGGCUGCUUAGAAAUGGUGGUGAGGCUGCAACCUACAGGUAGGUUGACUUUGCUGAUACUGUGUUUAUGUUCUGCUUCCUAUGUAUAAUUAAUGUUCCAGCCAUUGAUCAUGGAUACUUGAGAUUUUGUAGUUCACCAAGGAGGCAGGACAUGAGGAAACUAAAGUUUAGGGUUGUCUGUGUAGCUCCACCUCUCCUUCUCCUGCUAACAGGUAGUGUGGUGUUCUCAGUUUCAGGUUCUAGCUUGAUAUUCUUAAACUAAUGGCCUUUGUUGGUUAAAAAUGUGGCAGUACGUUUAUUGCAUGUUGGACAGUUCUCUCCUUUGCUUUCCCAAAGCAGAUUGUCACGCUGCAGAAAUUGAAAGCUGCAGUAUGUAUGAGGGGAGGCUCACAAGCAAGGACAAGAGAAGCAAAGCGUUCUUGGUGUUCGCUUUGAUCGUCGGCGUUAUUGCCCACAACAGAGGGUAUGAGAAGUGGUUCGGGACUAUUUUGGGUAUGGUUUGGAGGUUGUGCCGGAUACAAAGGAUCGAAUGGCGGCUCAGUUUCGAAUGUAGUAGUAAUAGAAGCUUGGGAACAACGCCAUCGGUGGCUAAAGCCAUCAUGAAGGGUCCGCCAGGAAGAGUGCGAUUGCGGAGUACUUAUCUCACCCUGGAAGCUCUUCCCCACCUCAUUACACCUUUCUUUGUUUUGAUGGUGGAAGAAGCAGCAGCUGGAGAAGAUGAAAAAGAAGAAUACGGUGACGUAGAAGGAAUAGAUGACACUCUGGCCUCAUCCCCGUGGGGCGUGGGAUCACGCUUCUACGAUGGAGAGCUCUCAGACAAAUCCGAUGUGUUCUCCUUUGGAGUAAUGGCUCUACAGCAGAUUAUAGGAUGGCACCCUGUAGACACGACUCACGCUUACAUGGACAACAGCCUGGUGGACUGAGUAAGUUUGUAUGCUUACCAUCGAGUUUCAUAUGUGGAGCUGGGAUUCCAGUUACUUCGGGAAAGAUAAUCAACUUCAUUGUUGUAUUACUUUGUAGGCACAGUCAUUACUUACACGAGCACUGGAGGAUGGAAGAUACGAGUCUUUUGUUGUUUUCAUACUUUAUUGUUGUACUGCUUCUGUGUUUUUGUUGGCUGUGUGCUUCUCUUUUCAUGUUGCCGUGUUGAAAUGCCUUGACUCUAAGUGUAUCAUUGGAACUUAUUCCCUUUUUUAUAUUUUUCUCUCUCCCGUUGUUUUUUUGUGUAUGAGCAUGACUCAAAUUCGUCUAUGACUUAUGCAUGUUGCAGCAAAAUGAGUAUGUGAAUUGCUAUUUGCUUAACGACUUAUUCCCAACGCCAUAGAAAUAUGCAUCUAUCAGGUUGCAUCUUAUUAUGAUUUCCUGUUUCUUUUAGUUCUUCAAUCUGUCCUUCAUGGCAGUUCUGAAGUUUCAGUUUAUUUUCCUUUUACAGUUCUCAAUAUGCUCCUAUUGGCUUUGGUUGUGACCAGCCAGCUCAUUUUCUUCAGCCUGUUACCAUAUAUUGUGUUCUGCUGGGUUCGGGCAAGAGCAAUUCAACUCCUGUUUUACUUUCUAAUCUCCUUUAUGCAAUGUAUCUCUUAUAUUUUGGCUAUAAUGUAAAAGUACUUGGAACAUAAUAUUGCUCCAGUUGGUAAAAUGUGUCUGGAUAAUACCAACUAUGCUUUACCAAUAUAUGAGAAACAACUAU